GCUCGGUGACAUUUGUGAGUAAAGUAUAGGAAACGAAAGCAGCCAGCAACGAAAAAGUAGUACAAGUGAGCACAAUUUUUGCUUGAAAUGUGUUCAAAUAUUGAAUAAAUAAUACGAAACUAGCACGAAUAAUCGAGUAAGAAGUUAAAUAAUCAUCUCACGGUGAGGAUUCUGGGAAACGCACGUGAACUGACCUGGAAAUUGCGUUUUUCUCCGUACAACCAUAGAAAGUGGGAGUUGUCACGAAGGUUGAAUCCGAAAGUUUCACAGAAUGGAGGAUAUUUUUCACUGGUGCCGCGAGGGCAACUCAAUCCAGGUGCGACUCUGGUUGGACGACACCGAGCAUGAUAUGAAUCAGGGCGAUGAUCAUGGAUUCAGUCCACUGCACUGGUGCGCCAAGGAGGGUCACAGCAAACUGGUCGAAAUGCUGUUGCAUCGUGGUGCUCGGGUGAAUGCCACCAACAUGGGAGAUGAUAUUCCACUCCAUCUGGCUGCUGCUCAUGGCCAUCUGGAAAUUGUUCAAAUGCUAAUCCGCCAUCGAUCGGACGUCAACGCGGCCAACGAACACGGAAACACACCACUUCACUAUGCUUGCUUCUGGGGCUACCAGCCGAUCACCGAAGAGCUGGUCAAUAAUGGUGCGUUGGUUUCGUUAGCCAACAAGGAUGGCGAUACCCCACUGGACAAGGCAAAGUCCGUAUUGGCUACUCGUUUGCACAAUUUGGCAGUCGAAAGUGGGCAGGAGCUGAAGAAGAUCAGUUUCAAGGAUCAGAGCUGGUUGGGAAUGAAGACACGCUCCCGGGAUGCUACGCUAUCCCGCUACAAGGGUAUUAACAUUCAGGAUCUAAUGCUGCACACCAAGCUGGCUAUCACCCCGGGUGGAGAAACCUGGCGGGGUAGAUGGCAAAAUAAUGACAUCGUGGCCAAGAUACUGUCGAUCAGGGAAUGUAACUCACGCGUUAGUCGGGAUUUCAACGAGGAAUUUCCAAAGCUGAGAAUUUUCUCGCACCCGAAUAUUCUGCCAGUGAUUGGAGCGUGCAAUGCACCACCGCGGAUGAUUGUCAUCAGUCAGUAUAUGCCAAGGGGAUCGCUGUAUGAUCUGCUGCAUGGUGCUGCCGGUAUUGUUGUUGAUACGGCCCAAGCCGUCCGUUUCGCGCUAGACAUGGCGCGUGGAAUGGCAUACCUCCAUUCGCUGGAAAGAAUCAUCCCGGAGUAUCAUCUGAACAGCUUCCACGUCAUGAUUGACGACGAUCUGACGGCCCGCAUCAACAUGGCAGAUGCGAAGUUCUCCUUCCAGGAGCGAGGCCGUGUUUAUCAGCCGGCCUGGAUGAGUCCGGAGAUGCUGCAGAAGAAGCGCAGCGAUCGUAACUGGGAGGCCUGCGAUAUGUGGUGCUUUGCCAUUUGCAUUUGGGAGUUGGCAACCAGGGAGGUUCCCUUCACGGAACUAUCGCCAAUGGAAGUGGGAAUGCGAAUCGCAACUGAGGGGCUUCGCGUUACGAUUCCACCCGGAACGUCGCCACAUUUGAGUAAGCUGAUCAAGAUUUGCAUGAAUGAGGAUCCGGGUAAACGUCCCAAGUUCGACAUGAUCAUACCAAUCCUCGAAAAGAUGAAGCGCUAGGCGUUGUGCAGUGGAAUUUUCGGAUUCGACGCCUUCAUAGGAGUAAAGUGCCUUGUAUGUUUUUUCUCAUUAUGACUUAAAUACGUUUCCACAGUCCUAGAGUGGAUCAACACUAACUCUGCCAAAAUGUAACAGUGUGCUGAACUAUUAACAGUCGACAUACACGAGUUUUAUUUACAGUGAACACGUGACAGUAGGUUACACUUCAAAUUCAUUCUUAGCUAUGUUAUAGUUAAUAGUUGAAAUCAAAUAACAAGUCAACAAAGUGUCUUACGAAAAACUAGUAUUAAUACCAAUUCAUAGGGACAAGUCGGUCUGUCCGCAAAAAAAACAAUUAACUGGUAUUAAUUGUAAUCGUUGCAUGUUCGUAAACCUAACGUUGUAGAUGUCUAGAACGAGAUUUAUUUUUAAUAAAUGUUUAUUGACGAACAA